AUGGCAGCCUUCAAGCAACAGUUGCCGUUGUUCAAGACCGGAGACUUUACGGGGUUUCUGGUGGCGGUUCUGGCCGUUCUGGUGGUGUGUGUGAGUCGGAAACGUCGCCGUACGGGACUAGCGUUCCCGCCUGGCCCGCCGGCCUGGCCCCUGCUCGGGCACCUGCCGCUGCUGGGCGGGCGGCCGCACGUCAGGUUCUCCGAGUGGAGCCGGCGGUACGGCCCGGUGCUCGGGGUAAGGCUCGGACCGCGCCAAGUCGUGGUGCUGAACGACUUCGAGUCGGCCCGAGAGGCGCUGGUCACCAAGGCCGAGGUCUUCUCAUCACGGCCCGACCUGUACCUCAUGCGGCUCUUCAGCAACGGGGGGAAAGUGUGUUGGAAGGCGCAGCGCCGCGUCACGGACCGGGCCUUGAGACGUCUUGGCAUCGGCAAGGUCACCUUCGAGGGCAAGGUCAUGCGCGAAGUCGACGACCUUGUCUCCACAAUGAGUGACCAACAUGGCGGCGCCUUUGACCCCAAGUACCACGUAGGGGUGGCUGUGUUGAACAUCAUCUGCUCUCUCGUCUUCGGGGAACACUUCAACCACGACGAUCCCUUAUUCUUGAAGCUAUUCGACGCCUUUGAGGACAUUUCGCACUACGGGGGGUCCACGAAGCACCUGAACAUUUUUCCCGCUCUGCGCCACGUCCCUGUGCUGAACACGGGCGCCGUUCGAACCAUGGCGGCCGUUAAAAAAGGGCGGGAAUUCAUCUCCACUAUGAUUGGUCAGCACAAGGCGACCUUCGACCCCAGCAACAUCCGGGACUUCAUCGACGCCUACCUGUUAGCCAUCUCAAAAGAAACUGACGAAAAUUCUUCUUCUUCCCCAAAGAAAGGCGAAAAUUUCUUAAACGAAGACGAGCUCAGACAAGACAUUUUUGACUUGUUCAUCGCGGGAACUGAGUCCACGACAACGACCAUCCUGUGGGCACUUCUACUGCUCUCCGUACAUCCAGAAAUACAGACAAAAGUCCAAGAGGAGCUGGACAGCGCCCUCGGGCCUUACAGGGACGCUUCAGUGCUGGACCGGCCGUCCCUGCCCUACACGGAAGCGACGAUUCUUGAGGUUCUCCGGUUCAGACCGACACCGUUCGGGCUGCCACACGCCACCACGGCAGACACCACGCUGGGCGGGCUCGAAAUUCCCGCCGAAACCCAGGUCAUCAUCAACAGGUGGGCGCUGAGCAUGGACGACCGGAAGUGGUCACACCCGGACAGGUUUGACCCAGGGCGGUUCCUUGACCCGGAAGGACAUCUGGAUGUGCCCGUGUACUUCAGACCGUUCCUGAUGGGUCGGCGCGCUUGCGUCGGGGCCCACUUAGCCAAGAUGGAGCUCCUGCUUUUCCUGACGAGCAUCCUGCGGCGCUUCACCAUCAAGCCGCCAGAGGGCGCGCCUGCACAGUCCCUGGACGGCCACCUGGGUAUAAUCCUACAGCCCCCGUCCUUCCAAAUAUGCGCGGUGCCGCGGUGA